CCUGCCCUCUGACUGUAACAUGAGAAAGAACAGGGUGUGGUGUGUCUACGUUUCACAGCUAAACUGCACUGCGAAGCUGAGUCACGUCACACUUUUUCACUGCUUUACAGCAGCCACAAAGGCAACACCAGCUCAGCUUUAGCUCAGCUGGUGUGAGACGUGCUUUCAUCAAAGUGCAAGUUUGUAGUUUUUACACACUUUCACUUUGCUGAACGCACGUCUUUACACACAGCUGAGGAUGAAGAUGACAGACACUUCAGCAGAGACUGAAAAGAAUCACCAAGUUAAAUCAGCAUUAACUGGUGCCUACAAAGAAGAUGGCUGUGUGGAUUUUGCUAAAGCUGCCAGUGUUGUAAAAAGUCAUUCUGGUACUCUGAUUCCUCUUCUGAAACCGAAGAGCUAUCAUAUGAGAGUGUGCGGGCAGGACGACACAGUUUACGCUGGAAAUGAAGAUCAGCUGGAAGCCUGGGAAGAUCACUACCUGCCAGAGAGGAUGGCGAUGGAGGUGAUCGGUGCGAUUGAUGACUUCCCAUGUGAGGCAUUUGAUCGCCAGUUGGUCCUCUUGCUGUGUGAAGAUGGAAACAUCUACGCCUAUGAAGAUGAAGUUCUGCACCUCGUAGCGAGAAGUUUAAGAGAGCUGUUUGAAAGUGGGAUGACCUUUCCUGGAACAGAGUCCUUCAACCUCGGCGAAUGCUUUGAGGAUUAUACGGAAGAAGAAUACAACGAAAUGAUGGAAUGUGAUGAAAUUAAGGAAAUGAGAGAGGAGCACAAGAAGUUCAGAGAGUCUUUGGAGCUUGAGCUGCUGGAGUCCCUAUGUGAGCUUAAAAAUAGUCAAAUGAAGGCAGAAAAGGAAUUAGAGGAAAGGACAGUAUGGUCCAGGAAAACAUCAGACAGCUUUACCCCCAUCAUACAAGACUGCUGGGACCUUGUUCCUUGGCAGCCCCUGCCAGUUGUUCACUGAACAACAUCUUACGCAUGAUCUUACUCAUGUUCACACACAUGUCACAAUCAUAGCCAUUAUAACUGUAAGGUGGCAUGUACAGGCUUCUAAAUGGUUUAGUAUCUUUAGCAUCCUGUUGCAUACUCUAUAUACAGGGCUGUACUGUAGUGCGCAUCUGUACCUAUAGCAAUAUUUCAGCAAAAAAUCAAAAGCUCUCUUUGGAUUGAACGAAAGUUACCAUCGUACGAUUUUCAUUAUGAGACGUAAAUCAUGUUUUUUAUUAACAAGAGAUCCAUUUGCUUCCUUUGUUGAUUAGUCAGUACAUGAUUGCUGUCUGAAGUUUCUAUGGUUUUGCACUGGGGCUAUAAGGCUAAUAUUGCUAACAAGUAAAGGACGCUUAUACCCCACCAAUUAGCACUGUACAGAAGCCAAGCCUAAGUCGUUACACUCUCUAGAGCAAUAUCAGGUUAAGUAAAGCAAUCAUGCAGACUUGCUUAUGUGGUUUCUGACAUUAUAUGAUGUAUUGCUAUCUAUGAACAUGUGUAGAAGUAAAGGCUUCAAAAAGGCCACUGUGUUUGUUGCAAUGUAAUUUUGCCCAUUUUAACAUAACAGUAUAUCAUACAAUGUCAGAUACCACUUAAGCAAGUUUUUUGAGAUUUCUUAACUUGACACAGUUUGACGGAAGUGUGAUGGCCUAGGCAUACAGUUUACACAGUGCUAAUUGUGUUGGUAUAACCUUGUGGUAUUUGUUAGCUACAUUAGCCUAAUAGUUCCAUUGUGAGAUUAAAGAAGCAAACAUGUUUUGGCUGUAUCAUUUGGUGUAAGAGGAAAGAGGAAAAUUAGAAGAAAUAGCUCAUAAUUUUGAAUUUUAUAUUUCAAAAUCAAGAGCUUCAUUCAAUUCAAGCAGAGCACUUUUUCUUGAACUGUCCACAUAUUUAUUUCUUGGGAUAAGUUCUUCAGCUCCUUUUGAUUAGUUUUUAAUUUUAAAGACUAAAGAUGGGUUCUGAUUCAACAUUCUGCUUUAUUUCAGUGAAACUAGAUAUUGCAGUGUGUAUAUUGAUGAUUGUUGGGUUCUUUCUCUUAUAUGACUACUUUCCAUUGUAUUUUAAUUGAUUGUAGUUCACACUUUUACUUAAAACCCACAGACAACAUAUUGCAAAUGAAAAAACAAACACAUCACAUUGGGAAAAGAUUCAUCCUUAUUCUUAGGUUGAUUUUUAAAUGAAUUCCCCAAUUGACUUGAACAGAUCCCACAUUCUUAACCUGAUCUGAAGAGUGUGGAGUUGCCUGUUGCGCAAGGUUCGGCCCACCAAGGAUCAUUCCACACAGCAAAGGUUGGUGAUUCUUACACAUCAUCUGCACUACAAGACUGUGUUCAGCCAUCAGUUCAACACAUGGAUAAAAGACAUCGUCAUUGUGCUGUUCCUUUACACCACAGCCUUCUGGAGGGACAUCAAGUUUCAGUCAACUACGAGCGUGCGCCUUAAACACUGAGGAUAGCGUGCAUCACCAAAGGUCGUCCACUGGGACUACAAGGAUUGUGGGUUAAAAUGGGUUAUAUAUAUUGCAAUUGUUACAGGCUAAACUUCAGUGAGCUUCUCAUUUACAAUGGAAACCCAUUUUUAAAAAAAGCAAAUUCAGCCUCAGCGUAUGGAAAUCAUCAUAUCUCAGGACUGUGCAGUGUCACGGUUCUCUCGGCCAGUGGACAGUGCCAUGGUCUGGCUGAAAAAACUGCAGUCCAGUCACUAAAACUUCUCACAACGAGAGAGGCCAACCACUGUGACCAUACACAUGCGAAAGUAAGAGCUAUAGCUAGAUUAAUGUCCAUUACCACCAUUACUAGAUCUUUACUUUGCCGCAGUUAGUGAGGCAGUGUUCUGUAAAAAGCAUUUUUUAAAUGUAAAAAGGUAAUGUAAACAUUAAAAAACUGCCUUCUGCAGAACAGUGCCUCACUAACUGCAGCAUAGUAAAGAUCUGGUGAUGUGGUGAUAAAUAUUAAUCUAGCUGUAAGUCUUACCUUGUUGCUGGUGCAGGUAGGCACUGUUCAGUGAAAAGCAGUUUUUAAUAUAACUUUAAAUAGUUCAUUUACAUGGAAAUGUGCAAUAAAAUCACUGAGUUUUCAAGCAGAAUGUGACGUAUUCGCCUCUUGUUGAUUGUGGAAAAACAACUCCUUGGAGAAAUUAUAAACGGCUUAAUUAAUCUGAAUUGCAUAUUUGUAGCCUAACAUUUUAUAUUGCAGGAACUAUCGUUUGUACUACUCAUCUAUCACACCAGCAGCCAUGAUGUGGGCCUGGAUCUCCAGUGGUAGGUUGUUUGUGUGAAUGAGGCGUCAUCAUUUGCUGACAUGUAUAAGACACAAACAUCUACUAAUAAAUGUUUUUCAAAGUUAAAUAUAAUCAUUCAAAGUUUUUGCAGUGUAUGAGAAACACGUAUUGUAAAAUAAAAUGCUAUUUUUAUAUGGAUGUAUAUAGACAGUAUGGUGCAAAAUUCCUGGAAUAUGUUCACAGUAUGUCAAAAUAAAAAGUAACACGAAUUUCACAUUUUGAAACACA